GUGGAUGCGCUGAGAUCCAUAAAAUCACACUGGAUCAAAGAUAUGCGGAGCUUUUAGGAGAUUCUGCCGCAACACUCUGAAGCCCAACAGGCGUCUGUUCCGCCAACUGUUGACUCUGCGCUGAGGGCCCAACAUUCCCCGGAACACCAGGUGUGAUGGACCCCAGGGUGCGCUGAGCCCUCCAAUGGGCUGACCCAAGCGCCACUAUAAUCCCCCGAAAUCCAGGAAUUAGCCGCCCCCUGCUCCAACACCUGGAUAUAUGGGAAUGUGUUGUGGAUUUUAGGCCGACCAGAGGGACAAAUCUACUUUCAUGUGCCAUGAGACACCUGGACACUGAGUGACCGCCGCGGGACUAACAGAGAGACAGAGACACCAACAUGAAGGAGAAAUCUAAAAAUGCUGCCCGGACUCGACGGGAAAAGGAAAAUAGUGAAUUUUAUGAACUGGCCAAACUAUUGCCACUUCCCUCCGCCAUCACCUCCCAACUGGAUAAAGCCUCAAUCAUCCGGCUCACAACAAGCUACCUGAAGAUGAGAAUAGUCUUUCCUGAUGGUCUUGGGGAGUCCUGGGGUCAUGUGAGCUGCAGCACUUCUUUGGAUGGAGUCAGCCAGGAAUUAGGCUCUCAUCUCUUACAGACAUUAGAUGGCUUCAUUUUUGUGGUUGCUCCAGAUGGGAAAAUAAUGUACAUAUCAGAAACAGCAUCAGUCCACUUGGGCUUGUCGCAGGUAGAGUUGACAGGAAACAGCAUUUAUGAAUACAUCCAUCCAGCAGACCAUGAUGAAAUGACAGCUGUCCUCACAGCACACCAGCCUUACCAUUCACACUUCGUUCAUGAAUAUGAGAUGGAACGCUCCUUCUUUCUGCGAAUGAAAUGUGUCCUUGCUAAAAGAAAUGCUGGUCUUACCUGUGGAGGCUACAAGGUGAUCCACUGUAGCGGCUACCUGAAGAUCCGUCAGUACAGCCUGGACAUGUCUCCAUUUGACGGCUGCUAUCAGAACGUUGGGCUGGUAGCUGUUGGUCACUCGUUACCACCUAGCGCCGUCACUGAGAUCAAACUGCACAGCAACAUGUUCAUGUUCAGAGCAAGCCUAGACAUGAAGCUCAUCUUUCUAGACUCACGGGUUGCAGAGCUGACAGGCUAUGAGCCUCAGGAUCUAAUUGAGAAGACUCUCUAUCACCAUGUCCACAGCUGUGACUCCUUCCACUUGCGAUGUGCUCAUCACUUGUUGCUGGUAAAGGGUCAGGUCACCACUAAGUACUACCGUUUCUUGGCCAAGCCUGGCGGCUGGGUCUGGGUUCAGAGUUAUGCAACUAUUGUACACAACAGCCGCUCAUCCCGUCCUCACUGCAUCGUCAGUGUCAACUAUGUUCUCACGGAGACAGAGUAUAAAGGCCUCCAGCUUUCUCUGGACCAGGCUACGUCCAAGGUCUCUUUCCCCUACAACAGCAGCACUGCCAGCCUUCCGGAGAACUGCAGAACUCCCAAGAGCAGAGUGUCCCGGCCCAAGACCAAAGCUAGACUCUCACCAUACACACAGUAUCCUAGUUUCCAGACGGAGCGGUCAGAGUCUGACCAGGACAGUCCAUGGGGCAGCAGCCCCCUCACCGACUCCGCCUCCCCUCAGCUGCUGGAGCAGAGUGAAGGCCUGGACGCCUCUUGUGUGUACAGGCAGUUCACUGAUCCCCGCACGCUCUGUUACAGCUUGUCAGAAGAGCACCAUCACACUAUCAGCAACGGCUACACACACCUCCAUGCACACGGUCAAGGCCAGAGUUGCGAGCGAGGGCGAUGUGAGGCAGGGCGAUAUUUUCUAGGAGCACCUCCGCCUGGCAGGGACUCGUGGUGGGGCGGCACCCGGUCCAUCAUGCCACUGAGCAAGAACUCGUUGGAGAACCACGAGGGAUAUGACAGCAGUGUGCCGCACAUCGCAGCCAUCCACAGCUACAAUGGCCGGGGCCACUGGGAGGAGGAUAGCGUGGUCAGCUCUCCAGAUGGAGGCUCAGCCAGUGACUCAGGGGAUCGAUACCAAGCAGACCACUAUCAAUGUAGCCCGCAGGAACCCAGCAAGAUCGAGACGCUGAUCAGAGCCACGCAACAGAUGAUCAAGGAAGAAGAAAGUCGACUUCAGCUGCGCAAGGGCCCUCUGGAUGCCCCACAGGGGCCCGCUAAUGGGCUGCCCAAGGGUCCAUGUUUCACCCCUGAGUACACUCAAGGAUCCCUGCCACUACAGACCGGGGUGUGUCGAGGUUUGAGUCAGGGGGCCAGUCCUGCACCGAGCCCUGCCCCCUUGUCCAGGCUCAGCAGUCCAGGCACUGAGCGCCUUCACAAGUCCAAAGACUGCCUCCCAACCGACUUGUCCCCCCUUACUUUGCCAUUAUACCACCCGUUUGUUCGGCCAGGUCCAUGCUCAGUUUCACCUACCUCGGCCCCAGCCCUCUACCCCUCCCAUACCAGCCCACGACCCUACUUGGAUAAGCAUAAAGCUUACUCCCUGACAGGCUACGCUCUGGAGCACCUCUAUGACCCAGAGAGCCUCCGGGGCUACUGCACCUCCGCCAGCACGGGCCCCACCCACUAUGAUGUCACCCCUCACCUCCGCAUGCCAGCAGAGCAGACCCCUGGACAUAAAGGUACUUCUGUCAUUAUCAGCAAUGGCAGCUAACACUUAACUAACACACAGUGGACCCAUCAUACAGCUUGAGCUGGUUAACUCAGUUACAACAUGAAGCCAUCAUUAUUCUGGAUCCUGUUUUUCCAUCAUACAAAUCGCUUUCUUCAACUUGAAAAGUUGUUGCUUCAUUAUAGAAUGAAAAAUAGUCACAAAAAAAGUUCCUGAAGUCUGCAAAAGAACAUGUUAGUGCAUGUAUCUCUGAAUGGAUACUAUGAGAAUAUUCUUGAAAACAAGAGAAUUACAUAAUUAUAGCAAUGCCUGUAAUUCUGGUAAAUAUUGCUGUUGUAAUGCAGCUUUCAUCUAAGAUUGACUUUAUGUUAGAGACCCAAUUAGAAAGGGACCUAAACAUAGUUGGACCUCAUUGGACUACAAUAAGUACUUCUUUAAGAUUAGGGGACCUUCGCGGUUUGGGUUCAAAUUACUUCUAUAUUAAGGUAAGAGGACCUUCACAUUAUGGUCAGAAUACAGUAAUAACCCUGUAGUUAGGAUGUCCGUUUGAAACAGAAACACUGUACUGACAGAGCGCUGUUGUGAAAUUUGUUGUUGUGACAGCUUAAAUUGUUGUCCCUCAAUAAUAACAUCACCUUACUUCCUCCUCUGCUUGUCAUAAAUGUCAUUAUAACAUUAUUACAGCUGCUAAAGGGCUUUGUUACUUAAACACAGACUUCGUAGUUUUGGGGCACUCUGAUGAAAAAGCUGAUGCUGUCGCUCCUGUUCAUUUCCGUGCAGGUAUGUUAUCUUAAUGAUAUCACUCAGUGUUUUUUCUGUUAUUUUAUUUAUUAAGGAUAUUUAGGGCCCGAGCACUAACAGUGCAAGGACCCUAUUGAAAUUGGUCCUUAUAUUAUAACGGCAAAUGAAUCACGUUUUUGAGGGCUUUAUCAUAUUCCAAAACUCACCAAACUUGGGACAAAAUUCAAUCUCGCCCAAAAUUUACGUAUUGCAUCGGUUUCAGAAAUGGGUGUGGCAAAAUGACCUACUAGCGCCCCCUAGAAUUGAGCCCCUAAAACAGGUUUGUCGUAGAGACACCAAAUUUGGUACAUACAUGUAGAAGAUGCACCAAAAAGUUUCAAGAAGCCAUACCCAAAAAUGAACAGGAAGUCGGCUAUCCCACGCCACAUACUUAAAUGAACUCCUCCUACAGAUUUAAUCUGAUCAACUUCGAACUUGUUCAGUACAAUCACAAGGCCUUUGAGAUAAAAAAUGAUUUAAAGCUUGAGGACUGUCACAUUAUGUGGCCCUGGCAUGGCGGCAAAAUAUAGCGUUUUGGCAUAAAACACGAGACUGUAUAACUUUUUUUAUUUUUUAAAAAUUAUGUUUUAUUGGUGAAAUGAUGAAACAAACAAGGUGACACGAGGGACAAAUACAAUACACCAUGUGGACCACAAGUAAAGACAGUAUAUAACACAAUAAAAAUAAAUAGGCAAACAAAGCAAGAAGCACAAAUGCGAGAAGAGAGGGAAGAGGAAAGAAAAAAGAAAAAAGAAAUAAAAAGAAUUAAUAAAUAAAAAAGAUAAAAUAAGAAAAUAAACAAUAUAUAAUAUAAUAACACAGGGGGACACGAGACAUCACAACGCAAUAAAGCUUGAUGCGAUACAGCACAACAUCUUACACAAUAACACGGUGCAAGAUCAUAAACAUGAUCAACCCAACAUAAACCAACACAUCAUGACAAUGACAACCAUAACAACAACAUAUGCUGCAGUGAGGAGCGAGGCCAGACCAGUAUAACUGAAUAACUUGACCAUACAUUGUCCGAUCUGCCUCAAACUUGUCAAGCAUGAUGCUAUCACUGAACAGUUCUACAUAACAAUAUUUCAUAAAGUCCCACCCCUUUUGAUUAGCCACGCCCCCUUUCCCCAACUAAUGAACCGUUUGUCAGUGUACUCAGCAGAGAGUCCUAGAUUGCCUCGCCUCUUCAGCGAUCGCUGGACCGGUGUGGCUGGCUCCCCUGACAGCUCCACACUGCUCGGGCCUGUUUAUCGCUGCUUGCAGCUUUAAUUUAUUUUAUUUUUUAAAUUUACAUCUUUUUGUGAAAAUUCUUAAGAAUGAAUAGUUUAUUGCUCUUUGUAAGGGUGUACUUGCAUUAUCAACCCAUAUAUUGUCAUCAAAUCAGCGACAUAAAUUGUUCUUAAAAUUACAAUAAUAUUGUUUAUCGCAAUAAUUUCUGGGACAGUAUAUUGUCAAAAAUAGAAAUCGUGACAGGCUUAAAUUCAACCUUUUUCUGCAAAUAUUUGGUUAUAGAUACAGAGGGCUUUAUGUUUAGAGGGGAAAUCUAAGACACAUUUAAGUAAAAAAAAUACUUCAGGUCAGAAUCGAUCGGUAUGAUGGAAAAAAUGGAAAACAGCUGAGUAGAGUUGUCUGAGUUUUGCUUUAACAUCCAAGCCAGUGUGUGUAACUUUUUGCACUAUAAGAGAUGGAGAUUUUGUGAAGAGGUCUCCUUGUUUUUAAAGCAUUUAGAUGAGGAAAAAUGAGAGGAUUGGGUAUGGUCGCUUUGCAGUGAUGCAGAGCACAGGCUGGCCCUGAAAUAAAGUCUAUGUCAUGUUCACAGACUAAUAUGCAAAGCCAUUCUCGAAAAGUUUCUUUUCUCUCAGUUUUGGUAUCAUGCAGGACAGUAAAUGCAGUGAAGAAAGAUUAAUUGAUGAGGUCAGAAGCAUGGAAACUGAAAGGAUUGUUGGAUAUAUUUUAAUGGGUGACUCAGGACACCUGCUGCUUUGAUAUUUGAUCUAUUAUUUGUUGGGCAAGACAAUAAAAUUACCUGAUCACGUAUACAUUUAACAGCAUUUUUUUUUUUCAAAAAUCAGAACCUUAAGUAUCGUCAAAGGAAAUAACAGAAGAUAUGGGACAAAUUGUAUUGUUUUUGAAUCCUGAUAUCUGACCAUAGGAAGACUGACAGACCAUAUGCAAUUUAACCCGUUGGAAAGUCAGGUAAAGCAGCUCGAUUGUGUUCAUUAUGACGAAUCCAUGAAGCAGCUGUUAACUAUUGUUAUGUGGGCAUGUUUGAUCAACAGGCUCCAGGUUUUCUCUUGGAUCUUAUUCUCCAUGUCCUCCUCAGUCCUUAGAUGAACUUAUAUUUAUACAAGUUUGAUUUAUUUUUUAUUUUUGUCAAAGCCUGAAAUGUGCUCCAUCUCUUAAAGUUAUUUAUGGUGUAAUGUAAAUAUGCUCAGAAAGGAAAAUCUCACCACAUUUAAGCACAUGGGCAAAAACUGUAUUUAUUGAGUAAAUGUUUCUUUAUGAUUUUUGAAAUAUCAAAUCCAGUCUGCCUGUAUAUUGAGUGUGUUUUUGACUGAAGCAAAUUCUAAAAGAGGACAAAAUAAAAUCAUUUUGCAGCGAUG